GUGUUUUCUCCACAGUUCUGACCCAAAAGCGACAAUAAUAAGGAUAUUUUAAAUUUCUGACUGGCUCUGCACGGUAGCUUCUGCCCCGCUGUCUAGGCUCAUGAUGGCGGCGCAGAUGGCGGUAAAUUCAGGUGCCAGUAUGUGGGGCCCACUCAAAGAGCUCUCAGAAACUGUCAGUGCAGCUGUGACGAGGAAGCAGCCAGACAGUGUCCAUCUUCUUGAUCUGCUGCUAAAAAAACACAAGUCACACUUUCUGCCACUGUUUAAAAAUCCACCCAAGAGUUCAGAACAGAGAGAGAAAGUACGCAAAGCCAGUACUGAAGGAAUUACCGUUCAGGGCCAACAGGGAUCUCGCCUCCUUCCAGAGGAGCUGCUGUCAGAAGCCUUCAUCCUCAGUGAUCUCUUUGAUAUUGGAGAGUUGGCAGCAUUAGAACUCCUAUUGGCAGGAGAGCAACAGCAGCCUCAUUUUCCUGGUCUAAAACGGGGGCUAGUGGCUGUGCUGCUCUACUGGGAUGGGAAGCUUUGUGUGGCCAAUUCCCUCCGUACACUAAUUCAGUCAAGACAAGGAAAAACAUUUACCCUUGAGUUAAGUGGAGAGCUUGUGACACUGACAACGCGGUUCACAGAUGAACUUAUGAGCCAGGGUCUGACCAAACGCAUCCUCACCCUGGUUUCUGAGAUAAGCGUGACUCGAGAGUUUGAGCGACUACAGAAGGAACGUGGCUUGGGCAAUGAGAAACACAGAAAAGAGGUUUCAGACUUAAUUAAAGAAUGCAGACAGUCCCUGGCAGACAGUCUGUUUUUAUGGACAUGCCAGUCCCCUCUGUCUCAAGAUGACACCCUGGCCCUCAUUGGGCACCUGGAGACAGUUACAGCUCAAGCAGAUGGCUCAUUGGACAGUGUCAACCUUGCUCUGGUCAUGGCUUUACUCUACUGCAUGGAUGUCAGUUUUAUAGAGCAGGGGACUGAAGACAGAGAAGAUUUGCUCCAGGCUUUGCCAUUGCUCACAGAGAGGCAGUAUGUAUCUGCGGUUCACAAUCGUCUAAUGAACAACCAGCCCUGGAAGCUUCCUGGGCUGCAGGCUGUGUGUCGACUGGCCUGGGCCCUGUUUCUGAGGGUUCUUUCACAGCUCCCCCAAGGAUCUGCCCUUGUUGAGUUCACUGAGGCAGAUGAAGCUCUUGCUGACCAGGCUUUACUUGGGGAUGUCUUCCUGUUCAUGAAGGAGGGUAUUUUGUCAUGUGAGAGUUUUACCCAAGAGGAGUUUUACACCCGCCGGCUUCAUUCACUCAUCACAGACUUUUUGGCACUUAUGCCCAUGAAGGUGAAACAGCUUCGUAAUCGCGCUGAUGAAGAUGCUAGGCUGGUCCACAUGUCUUUACAGAUGGAUAGUGAGCUUCCCUCAUCGUUGCGCAAAGAUCUCGACCACCUCAUGACACUAAUCGGAGAGUUUUACAGUAAAGACCCUUUUGGACUGGAGCUGGCUUUGGAGUUCUGGUGUCCCACAGAGUCCCUUCAGCACACCAGUCUACAUGGCUCCUACUUGGGAAUGGCAAUCCAAAGACCUCCACAUAAACAAGUUGUUCUAUCAAAGUUUGUGCGACAGAUGGGAGAUCUUCUGCCCUCGACCCUUUACAUUUCCUAUCUGCGAAUGCUCAAAGGGCUGUCAAAUGGUCCACAGUGCGCCCACUACUGCUUCAGCCUGCUGAAAACCAAUGGACCCACACACAGUGACAACAUUCAGGGCGUAUCUGGGAGCCCAGUGUCAUGGGAGCACUUUUUUCACUCUCUUAUGUUGUACCACGAGAACCUGAGAAGAGACCUUCCAAACCCAGAUGCGGCUCACUAUCGCCACCCACCAAUAAGAGGAAUCACUCAGAGAGAGCUGGAGGGUCUAACUGCAUUUCUCCAGCUUCUCACUAGUAUAAUAACAUGGAGUGAAAAUGCUCGCCUGGCACUUUGUGAGCAUCCACAGUGGACACCUGUGGUUGUGAUGUUGGGUUUGCUCCAGUGCAGUGUUCCUCCAGUGCUGAAAGCAGAACUUCUCCUCUGCCUGGCAGCUUUUGGGAAGUCUCCGGAAAUAGCAGCUUCACUGUGGCAGUCUCUUGAAUACACACAGGUUCUUCAGACUGUGCGAGAUCCUGGGCAAAGGCAAGCUGCUGGAAUUGAGGUCGAACUCAAUGAAAUUGAGUCAAGUUGUGAGGAGUAUCCUCUCACACGAGCCUUCUGCCAUUUGAUCAGCACGCUCGUGGAAAGCAGCCUUCCUGUUAAUUUGGGUGCUGGACUUCGGGUUCCAGGCUUUCAACCAUAUUUAAACUUUCUGCGUGACUGCGUGUUCUUGCCGUUUCCUACUAGAGCAUAUCGACGGCCUGGUGAGAAGUGGGAGGUAGCAGAUGCUGUACUGGAGGUGUUCCACAAACUGUUGCGUGACUACGAGCCUCAGCCCUCAGACUUCGUUCAGGAGAUGGUGGAGCUCCAGGGCGAGCAGAUCCCCACUCACAAACCUCCAGGUCACAGUAUAAUGUUCCACCUGCUGAACGACUCCCCCACACUGGCCCUGUGCCUUAGCCUGCUGGAGGAGGGGGUCAGGCAGCUCGACACCUAUGCCAUCUUCCCUGGGAAAAAACACCUGGAGUCUGCAGUGCUGCAUUGUUUGUGUCUGCUGGACUUGGCUCUGCAGAAGGAGCUGGUGUUCAUGGACCUCCUCAGGGAGAGUCAGUCCUCUUUGCUCAUUUUUCCUUUGGAGCAGCUGCUGCAGGGGGUCAGCUCUCAGACCAAAAGAGCAGAUCACAUUGUUAAUAUUGCCAGGUAUCUUUGCCACAGUCACUCUAAUUCUGAAGCUGCUUUUCAAAGCUCAAAGAUCCUGCGCCAUAUAGCCAAAUAUCCUAAUAUUCAAACAAGACUCGUGGGAGAUUUCAUACAUGACCAGGCUGUGAGCAGCAAGUUGAUGGCUGGUUUUGUGGAAUGCCUGGACAGUGAAGAAGCAGAAGAGGGAACAGAGAAGGAAGAAGAGUUGGAUUCAGUAAGGAAGACUGCAAGAAUCCGCCAUAAAAUCCAGAUUCAUAUUCUCAACCUCCUCAUCACGUCUUUGGAGCUAAAGACCCCAAACCUGGCCCUUUAUCUUUUGGGUUACGAAGUGAAGAAGCCAGUGUCCUCCACCAACCUUCAAGACCCAGGCGUAUUGGGAUGUCCGAGGAGUUGCUUACAUUCUAUAUUGAGUUUGCUGCAGAGGGGCACUGAAAAGAGGUCAGGUCCCAUACUUACUCAGCAAGCCCCACAUUUGGCCGAGCUCUGUUAUCAGGUGAUCUACCAGCUUUGCGCAUGCCCCGACACCUCUGGACCCACAAUGCGCUAUCUCAGGACCAGUCAAGACUUCCUCUUCUCACAUUUGCAACACUUGCCUUUCAUCCUGCCUAAUAACCAGAUUGCUGCACUCUCCCAGAUGUCAUGGCUAAUAAAAACUGCAGCUAUUGAACUGAGAGUGACGUCAUUAAAUCGCCAGCGGUCACAUACACAACGUCUAGUCAACCUUCUGCUUGACGACCAGCCAUACACUCAACACACAGCUGAUGGGGAGUCUGGUAUGGAGGAGGAGUCCAGAUCUGUUAGUGGUUUCCUUCAUUUUGACUCUGUCUCCAAAGUGCGUAGAAAGUUGCUCAGCGUGCUUGAUGCCAUUGAUUUCAGUCAAGAUAUCCCUGAGCUCCUGCAGCUGGACUUCUUUGAGCGCACUCAAAUAGAGCAGGUCAUCUCCAAUUGUGAGCAGGUCAAUGAGCAAGGACACACUGUUUGCAAUGUUAAGUUGUUGCAUCGAGUGCUAGUUGCUGAAGUCAAUGCUCUGCAGGGAAUGGCUGCUAUUGGACAAAGGCCUCUGCUGAUGGAGGAGGUGAACUCGAUCCUGCAGCAGGUGGUGGAACGAAACCGAGUACGUCGGAGCCUAAAUGCGAAAAGACAUGCUCUUCAGUCCUGGAGGAGCCUGGUGGAGACGCUGCUCACUGCAUGUCCAUCUGACCUCAUCCCAGCCGAGGACAGGCAGCUCAUCAUCAGAGACCUGCUCCUGGACCUGCACGAUAAGGUCUUGUCUGAGGAUGCUGCUGGAGAGCUCAUGCCUAUUGUGGCUGGUGCAGUCUUUACUCUGACCGCCCACCUCAGUCAGUCUGUUCUGUCAGAGCAGCAGAGCACCGGAGUGGAGUCGUCCUCUGGGUUUGCCUCCAUUGCAAACUCCUCCCUCCACCUGAUUCUUCGCAAACUGCUCGACUUUAUUCUUUCUACUGGAGGUGGAUACCAGCGACUACGUGCUCACCUCUAUGGCUCCUUGUUGUAUUACCUUCAAAUCGCCCAGAAACCAGAAGAACCUGACACUUUGCAGUCUGCAGGGAAGGCAAUGUGGGAGCGUCUUACUUCCCCUGAGGACACCUUUUCCAAACUGCAGAAAGAAAACCUCUCCAUCAUUGAGAAUUAUGGAAAGUCACUCAUGGAAGUGGUUUGUCGAGAUGCAUGUGAUGGCCAUGAAAUUAGUAGGUUGCUUGCCUUGGCAGUGCUGGACAGACUUCUCUCUAUCGACCGUCAAAACCAAUGGCUCUUGUACAUCUGCAACAGUGGGUAUCUGCGCACCCUGGUGGAAAGUCUGAGGCAGGACGAUGGUGCUUUACAGAGCCUGCUGACACCACAGCCCCCUCUCUUCAAACCGCUCUACAUUUAUGAAAGCAAAAUGGCCCUGCUCACUCGAGUGGCUAAGACGGGCCAGGGUGCGGUGGAGCUGUUGCGUUGUGGACUGGUGGCUCACCUCAUUGAGUGCCAAGUAUUUGACAUGGUUCCAGACAGUGAUGCACACAGAGUAAUGAGGGACCCAUCAGGCUUCAUCCCUAGUCCUAUGGACCGCUACAGACAGAUUCUUUUGCCUGCGUUAAGACUUUUUCAGAUCAUUUUGACUUCUACCACGAUGAAUCACCAGCAGGGGGCAGCACAGAUUCUUCAGUGGUUAAUUAUACACUCAGACACAAUUCAGUCUCUGCUGCGCUGUCAGGAGCUCAGUAUGGGAGCGUUACAACAGCUCUCUCUGCUCACUGGCAUCAUCAGUAAGACUGCUUUGCCAGGUGUUCUUGAAAUGGGUGAAGUCAACAGUGCAGUGCUUACGGAGUUUCAAGGUCACAUCACUAGAUUCCAGCGUCUGUGCCUGUCUUUGCUCAGUCGCCUCGCAGGAAGUGAACGAGAGAGAUUGCUGAAGCAGGCAGAGGUCACCGCACCUGGUGAAACAGCUGAACAAAGGGAGGAGAUGGAGGUGGCCAUGCAACAGGUUUGUGCCAACAUUAUGGAGUACUGCCAGACCCUGCUGCUCCAGAGCUCUUCCCAGGCCCAGUUCAGUAUCUGCCUCUUCAGUCCGUCUGGCAGUGAGCCAGCUGGCCGAGAUGGAGGCCGACCAGACCUCUCAUCCUCCAUGCCUCCGAUGUUAUACUCACGAGCCCCCAGCCUGGGCCUGGUGCUGUUCCUGCUGAAAAACACUGCUGCAGACUUCUUCCGCUUCCACCAGAGCCACAGACAGAGUCUGAGCAAACUUCAGAGCCUAGACCAGCUACCCCCCGAGGAGCUGAAGGAGUUGUGCCAAGGCCUUGUGGCUGGUCCAGGAGCAGUUGAAAAAACUUCUUCAAUUCAAAGAAGCCUGCUGGCAAAGAAACGUCUGGUCCAACUCAUUAACAACAGAGCCAAGCUCCUAGCACUCUGCUCAUAUAUUAUUGAAACAUGUUUAUUUGUACUGUGGCGCCACCUGGAGUACUACUUGUUACAUUGUACUCCCACUGACCCUAAAGACUCCCUGAUGGUUGGGGCCAGUUCAUACAGAUCACGUCUCGGAGAUGAUUUAUUUAGUGGGCUUCAAUCGAGUGGAAGUCGGGGUCUUUCUCGAGUAAGCCAGUCAGAUCUAGACCUGCUGAAGGGGGACAUGGCGGCUGGGUUUGGGGAGGCGCUGCAGAGGAGACUGCUGGAGGUGGAGGGCCUUUACAGUCAGGUCCGCUCACGCUACACUUUCAUCCAGGCACUGGUCCGCAGGAUCCGUGGCCUCGUCCGACAGACCAAGAGCUGAGAUCAAUGGACUGACUCAUGUUCAUAACUCUGGGACAGCAAAGCUCUUCUUACCGACUGCUUUUCUUAAGUCUGAGUAACAUUAAUACCUGUGUAAUAAUGCCAAUCUUGAAUUAUUUUGGGCAAAUGUUGAAAUGUAGCCUACAUUUAAAACUGUAUGAAAUUUUUACAUAAAACAUAUUUGAUAUCCUUGAUUUUCUCUGUUCGUGGACUAAUAAAUGUUUUCUAAAUUUGUUUAAAA